CCCGUUUUAUUGACAGUUUCCAUUCUGUACCUAUUCUGUGGCUGUGUCCUUCUUGAAUGUCCAGAAUCACCCCUCUCCACAGUCACAUAAGUCACAUUGCAGUUUUGUUUGAUUAGUUGUUUAUUGGUAUGUGAAAAGAAAAGAAAUACCAUGGAAUCUAUUGUGAAGUCCGAGCCAAGCGAAUCGGAAGAAUGGCCAGAAGACAGGGCAUCUAUUAAAGAAGAAAUCGACAUAGAAUAUGGCAUGCCCUGGCUUGGCAAGCAGGAGAUUCCGGAUGAGGAACAGGAGUUGUCAUCAUCAGCUGUUUGUGGGAGCGACUCCUCUGCUGAAGAGGAGGAAGAAGGUAGCAAUGAAAGAUUGGGAGAAGAAGAUGUCAAACAAGAGAAUGUGUUAUGCAAAACUACUCUCAAAAAACCUCAUCUGUGUACAUUCUGUUCUAAAAGGUUUUCUCAUUCUUCUAAUUUAACUGUUCAUAUGCGUACUCACACAAAAGAGAAGCCUUUCCAGUGUACAGUGUGUACUAAAAGGUUCUCUACUUCUAGUGAUUUAACACGGCAUAUGCGUACUCACACAAAAGAGAAGCCUUUCAAGUGUACAAUGUGUACAAAAAGUUUCUCCACUUCUGGUGAUUUGACUGUUCAUAAGCGUACUCACACAAAAGAGAAGCCUUUCCAGUGUACAGUGUGUACAAAAAGGUUCUCCAUUUCUAGUAAUUUAACCAUUCAUAUGUGUACUCACACCAAAGAGAAGUCUUUCCAGUGUACAGUGUGUACUAAAAGGUUCUCUACUUCUGGUGAUUUAACACGGCAUAUGCGUACUCACACAAAAGAGAAGCCUUUCAAGUGUACAAUGUGUACAAAAAGUUUCUCCACUUCUGGUGAUUUGACUGUUCAUAAGCGUACUCACACAAAAGAGAAGCCUUUCCAGUGUACAGUGUGUACUAAAAGGUUCUCUACUUCUGGUGAUUUAACACGGCAUAUGCGUACUCACACAAAAGAGAAGCCUUUCCAGUGUACAGUGUGUGCUAAAAGUUUCUCCACUUCUGGUGAUUUGACUGUUCAUAUUCGUACUCACACAAAAGAGAAGCCUUUCCAGUGUACAGUGUGUACUAAAAGGUUCUCCACUUCUAGUAAUUUAACCAUUCAUAUGCGUACUCAUACAAAAGAGAAGCCUUUCCAGUGUACAGUGUGUACUAAAAGGUUCUCCACUUCUAGUGAUUUAACCAUUCAUAUGCGUACUCACACAAAAGAGAAGCCUUUCCAGUGUUCUGUCUGUGCAAAAAUAUUCUCUCAGUCUAUUAAUUUGACACGGCAUAUGCAUACCCACACAGUUUAAAUAACUCAAUUUCUUCUCUAUUGGUGUGUUCUCUAUGUUAUAUGUUCAUGAAAAAUAUAGCCUUGGAUUUCAAAUUAUCAUCAAUGUUACUUCAUAAUAGUUCAUAAUAUAUUAUUAUUAUAUACAUUAUAUAUCAUAGUUACAUAAAGUUCAAUUUAUUGUAUAGUGUAUAUAAAGUGAAGAAUGUCCUAGUUGAGUUAUAUUGUCAAAUUCAUUGUCCUAAUAGAUCAAAUUUUGUUAGCUUCUUGAGUUCAACUUGUUCUUGCAUCCAUUCUUCCCUCGGCCUGCCUUUGCAUCUUUUACCCUUUAGCUUAAGUAAUCCAGUUUCCAAUUCAAGACUAUUUUGAUAGUGACAUAUUUAAUAGUGAAGUCCCCAGGUCACGGUACAUACGGGCAAGUUUGGUGAUGGGGUACUACACAUGGUUAUCAUCCUCAACUCAUCUGCCUUUAUAUGUUUUUGAAAUAUAUAUUAUUGGAAAACAUUCUAGACAAUGUACAGGGCCCGGAAUAAAAACCUGAUGAUUUUUAAGGGAUAAUAACUGAAGUGUUUUUCGUACAAUUAAAUCAUAUACUAUAUCAAAUUGAAGAUCAAAUUUUACAAUUUUUAGUGAACUACAUAGAUUACUCACAAAGUUUUUUAUUUGUAGAUUAUGGCAUCCAAAUGAUUUCCGUUACUUUUCUCACACUUAACCUAAUUCUAAAAUUUGCCAUUGCUCGCUCAAUAAUCACUUGUGGAAUUGCUUCUAUUUCUGGUUGAAUUACUUCCUUUAGUUCUGUUGAUUAUUGGCUGCUCAAUAACGGUAAUUUUGUUUAUUCACAAAUCCCGAAAAAUGAAAAUGUUCCUCGUCACUUGAAAGAAUAACGGAAUUUUGGUUGAAAUUUUCGAGAAUGAACUCGCAAGCGGGUUUGCAAUGUGCCCAAUAAUUUGCAUUGUUGCACUAACAUUAUCUUAUAGGGAUGGAAUUUUAGGUCGGAAUGAAGAAUUUGUUGUACACUUUAAUAAGAAAUGGCUAGCGCCUCAGCAUGUUUCGCUGCUGAAUGUCGUGGAGACCAUGUAACAGCUACUCAGGCGUUCUCACAGUUCGUUUUCGUCCUGUUGGUUUCGUUUUAAAGCGGACAAUGUGUUCCUGAAAUUCUUUACCCACAACAAGAUCGUAUUCCUACUGGAAACAGGCGCGUGUCGAUUCAAAUUAUUGAAAUGUAUGCGACAUAAAUGCUGUGUUAAAAUAACUGAGUUUUUAUUUUAAAAAUAAGCUUCAAUCACAAUCGCUUGAUGUUCACUUGACCACGACAUACUGGCUACUGAAAUGGCAAGAAUAGACCUGUCGAUGUACAACAUUCCCGCCUUUUCAAUGACAGUGGUUCAAACAUAGCAAUUACUACAAAAUCGUCAGAUUAAUAUGCCGGUCCCUGUACUUCAAACUCCAGCACAUUAUUCCUUUAUUUUCAUAUAUUGUAAUAUUUAUCAUCAUAUUCAUCAGAUUUUUAUGCUCUCUCAUAUGCUUAGUAAGUUGUCAUUUAUGUGUUAUGAAUAUGAAUGUAAUAUUUUCUUAUAAUAUAUUUGAAUACUAUGUAUUGAAAUAAACUCACAAUCAUUUCAUUAGGAAUGUUGCGAGAAUUGAGUGCUAAUAAACAACUUUUUACGAACUGGG